AAGUGAGGACAGCGGGUUUGGCAGUAGUGAGCCGAGCUUGACAUCUUUAUUGUCAAAAUCAGAGAGCGACACUGAGGAGAGCGAAAAAGAUGAGGACCACACAAAUGAAGAAGUGAUCCCACAAUGUAAGAUUCGGUCUCUCAAGGCGAUAUUAACGUCUUAG